AGUGUUCCACAAUAUCCCCAACAAAGGACGCGUGUAUGCACAUGAGGAUUCCAAAACGGUUGAGAUUUUUCCUGAUCGUUCUUGUAACUUUUUCCCUGCUUACUCCCGAACUUUCUUUUCUUCUACUUCUAUAUAUGUGCUAUGCCCCCAACAAAUUCUCACUACCCAAGCAGACGAGAAAGAAAUUGUUUGUUGUUCCUUUCAGAGUACUCAUUCACGUCAAAGAUUCUACUAUUUCUCUUGGUUUUCUCCUCCAACAGCGUUUGAAAAUGAGCCGAGUUGCUGAGACAAUGACCCAUUGGUUUAGUUUACUAGAAAACAUCGAAAAAUUCAUGUUCCCUCCACGGACUCAGGACACUCAUGAGAACGAGAACAAAGGAUUCAGUGUCAUACCAGCCGACAUUUUGGACACUCCCAAGGAGUUCAUUUUCGACCUAGAUGUUCCAGGCUUGUCCAAGUCGGAUAUCCAGGUCACUAUUGAAAAUGAGAACACAUUGGUGAUCAAAAGUGGUGGGAAGAGGAAACGUGAGGAAGUUGAAGAGGAAGGAUGUAAAUACAUCAGGCUUGACAGGAAGCCAUUCCAGAAGCUGAUUAGGAAGUUCAGAUUGCCUGAGAAUGCCAAUGUGUCUGCUAUUACAGCUAAAUGUGAAAAUGGGGUUUUGACUGUGGUUGUUGAGAAGCUUCCCCCACCAUCAAAGCCUAAAACAGUUGAAGCUGCCAUAGCUUAAAACAGGGCCACGGUUUAGUUGUUGGAAACUUUAGGCAUCAAACAAUCAAACAUUGUUUAAUGUAUCUAGAUGUUAUCCGUAUUUUCAUUUAUAAUUUAAUGUAAUUCGGUAGAUUUGUGCCACUUCUCAUUUUGCUUAGUUUGGAUUAUCUCAUUACUCAAGUAUCUGCUGGUAAAAC